AUGAGAAAAUUAUGGUUAGAUGUUGAACCUGGAAAGGAUUUGAGACAAGAUAUUAUUUUUAAUUAUCCACAAGAAUUACCAAAAUAUCUGAGAGGAUAUCAUAAAAUUGAUAAAAAUGAAGCUAUUCAAUUUGCUGCUUUAAUUUUGAGAGCACAAACUAGGGAUGAUAAACAACCUCCAAUACAGCAUUUACAACAUAUUUUACAUGAAUUAAUACCUAUAGAUCUUCUCAAAUCUCAUAAUCCAAAUGAAUGGAAAAAAUUAAUUUCUGCUGAAUUACAAAAAGAAGGAAUGCCAAAAACAUCAACGGAAGCUAAACUUUGUUUUCUCCAAAGAAUUGCUAAAGAGCCGACAUUUGGGUCGGCGUUUUUUGAAGUAAAGUUUUUAUGA